CUAACUCUAUUAUCAGCAAUGGCCGCCGGAGAACAGUGCCUUCUUUCCACGGAGAUAGUGAACCGGGGCGUGGAGUCCUCCGGCCCCGACGCCGGUUCGCUGACGUUCUCCGUCAGGGUUCGGCGGCGGCUCCCGGAUUUCCUGGCGUCGGUGAACCUCAAGUACGUGAAACUAGGGUACCAUUAUCUGAUAAGCCACGCGCUGUACGUGGCCGCCGUGCCGCUCCUGGUGGCGGCGGCGCUCAGCGCGGAGGUGGGCCGCGAAGAGGCGUGGAGGAAGAUCUGGGAUAGCGCCGUCGCCACGUAUGAUUUGGCUACGCUCUUGUCUUUUCUUGGCGUUGUGGUGCUCACUGUUUGUGCCUACUUCAUGUCCAAGCCUAAACCUAUUUAUCUUCUUGAUUUUGCAUGCUUCAAACCAAGUGAUGAUUUCAAGGUGACAAAGGAACAAUUCAUCAACAUGGCCCGGAGUUCUGGAAAAUUCGAGGAGUCCACCUUGGAAUUCAAGAAAAGGGUGCUGGAAUCCUCCGGCAUCGGAGACGAAACCUACGUCCCCAAGUCAAUCGGGUCGGCGGAGAACACCGCGACCAUGAAAGAAGGCCGAGCGGAGGCGUCGACGGUGAUGUUCGGCGCUCUAGACGAGCUGUUCCAGAAGACCAAAAUCCGGCCUAAAGACGUCGGAGUUCUAGUGGUGAACUGCAGCGUUUUCAACCCCACGCCCUCGCUCUCCGCCAUGAUUAUUAACCACUACAAGCUGAGGGGAAACAUCCUGAGCUUCAACCUCGGCGGAAUGGGGUGCAGCGCGGGGAUCAUAGCGCUGGAUUUGGCCCGUGACAUGCUCCAAGCUAAUCCCAAUAACUAUGCGUUGGUUGUUAGCACUGAAAUGGUGAGCUUUAAUUGGUACUCCGGUAAGGACCGCUCGAUGCUCAUCCCUAACUGCUUCUUCCGCAUGGGCUGCUCCGCCCUGCUCCUCUCCAACCGCCGCCGCGACUACGGCCGCGCCAAGUACCGCCUCGAGCACAUUGUUCGGACUCACAAAGCCGCCGACGACCGCUCCUUCAGGGCUAUCUAUCAAGAAGAGGAUGAUGAAGGCAAGAAGGGUUUGAAGAUCAGCAAAGACUUAGUCCGAGUAGGGGGAGAGGCACUGAAGACCAACAUAACCACACUGGGCCCACUAGUCUUACCGGUGUCGGAGCAGCUCAUCUUCUUUGCAACGCUGGUGUGGGGCCACCUGUUUGGCUCCUCCUCGCGGCGGCCGUACAUACCGGACUACAAGCUGGCCUUCGACCACUUCUGCGUCUACGCGCCCAGCAAGGUGGUUCUGGACGAGCUGCAGGCCAACAUGGGGCUGAGGGACAGCGACAUGGAGCCCAGUCGCGCCACGUUGCAUCGCUUCGGCAACACUUCCAGUAGCAGCAUAUGGUACGAGCUGGCGUACCUAGAGGCCAAGGGGAAGGUGGGCGGCGGCGACCGCCUCUGGCAGAUCGUGUUCGGGUCCGGUUUCAAGUGCAACAGCGCCGUGUGGCGGGCCGUGCGCCGCGUUAGGGUGCCCACUGCCAACCCCUGGCUCGAUUGCGUCCACACCUAUCCUCGGACCAUCUAGCUAGGGUAAGCUACAAUCCGAGGUCCUCUAUAUAUAAUGGUUUUGUUACCUCUAGUUCUAAACUUUCAAAUUGAUCACCUGUGAUCCUUGAAUUUUUAAAUUUUUAACAUCUAUUGUCCAAGUUAACCACCCUUGUUCUUAACUAUCAAAUUUUAACCACUCAUGGUCCUUCUAGGGGACUGCGACUAGUUAAUUUUGAAAAUUGAAGAACUAUGGAUGAUUAAUUUAGACCACGGAUGGUAACAAUUUGAAAGUCGAAAGACUACAAGUGGUCAAUUUUAAAGUUUAAGACUAAACGUGACAAAACUACAAUACUCGAAGGAUCCAUAUGACAUUAAUUCAUUAAUUAUUAAUUAAUUAGCACGUUCUAAGUAGGUUGUUAGUUUCAAUUUCGCUGUGGGAAGUUUGUUUAAUUAGCAUUCAUCAUAUUAUUAAUUAUGAAUUGUGUAUGGGGCCAUUUGGGUUUUGGGAUUGAUUAGGGAUCGGAUAUGCAAAUUGCAAAUGCCCCGCCUUGAAUUUUAGUAUUCAGCAACAUACAAGACAGGGGCAGGGGUUCGACCAACUUCGAAGGCGACCAGAAACAAUGUCGAAUUUAAUCUCAUUUUAAGAAUGUUUGUAUUUGUCAUUAUAUUAUAUAUAUUGAUUGCAUUCGAUCGGCAUAAAA